CCAGCAAUCCCAAUCAGGAAGGAAAUCGCUUUUUUUUUUUCUUGGGGGUAAACGAAAGAAAAGCAAAACAACAAAACGAUAUAAACCAAAAUCGAGCAGCUAGUAGUAGCUCUCUAACUUCUAAACAAAGAACUGAGAGGCGAAAACUUUUUUCGCUGAAAAACAAUCUUGAAAAGAAGGACGAGUUCUGUUCAUCUACUUUUUGACACAAAAAUAGAAUGGAGCAUCAUCUCCGGGAAGUGGCCAUGCGUUCCAACACGCGGUCGUUUUCUAUGGCGUUCUCAAACGUUACAUUCUCAACUGUUACACGAUUUGUCAUGCAAAAUGAGCAUCAAGCUCCGCACGGUGAAGCUAGUUCGCAUGACAAAUUUUGGAAUAGCUAAACACCAUGGAUAUCUGUGCCAAAUUUGUAAUGCAAGAGUUGCAAGCUCCGGCCUUUCCCUUUUGCCAUUCCAGCAUCACAAAUUCAUGUAACAGUUGAGAAUGUAACAGUUGAGGACGCCAUAUUUUCCGCCGUCGCGGGCAAGCGGGCGUGGAGCGAUCCGCAGACACACUGGGCCGCCGCGACCAAGCGCCCGACCACACCUUCGUACCGGACCGCGCGCAUGGGCGGCUACAACACGAAUCACGACGGGACCGCCCGACCGGGCACCAGUCACGGCACCGGCACCGCGCACCAGAACGCGACGCAUCACGGUGGGUACACGACCACCACGUCUGGCGGGCAUUCCAACCCGACCGGGUUGCCCAGUGGACGAGCCAGUUCUUCCGGCGCGAAUCACGCGGGGGCUGGUUCCCAUGCGGGCGCUGCUGGUGCUGCCGCUGCGCACCAGACAAACGAUAAAAUCGCCAACCACCGGGUUCUGCAUUUGCUCUCCAAGCGUCCGCACUCGGCCUUUAACACGAACCGGAAGCGCGCGGUGCGACCCGUGGCGGUAGGCGGGGAGACCACGGCGCACGGAGGUCAUCAUCACGGCGCGCAGCACCACGAGCGGAAAGUGCGGGAGCGACCGAAAAGUGGCGACAAUUACCACCACCGGACUUUUCACCACGCGAUGAACGCGACGGUGCCGGCCGAUGCGACCUAUGCCAUGAACCAAGGAGCUGGUGCUACUGGCGUCACUGGCACUGUAUCAACUGCAAAUAUGUCUGGGUCCGGGAAGUUUGGACUUGUAAUGCUGGUCUUGCAUCCCUAUGGAAUCUGUAUUGCAUGAUCAACAAAAGUUGCAGCCUCUUUGUCUUUUGUCAUACAAAAACGCAGCUUCUCGUGCGGGCUGUGCAUGACAAAGCGUUAUGGGAAUAAGUUGUCAUGCUUGGCUGCAGUCGGCAGUGUUUCCAUCAUCCAUAUUUUCGCAUCACAAGUUUCCAGACGAGACGUCCAGGGAUAUUUGCAUUUGAUACACCGCCGCGUUGAAUAACAACACGGACAACGUGAUUUCCACGGCUAUGGACUACCGCCGGUACAUGGACGAGAGACGCCGGAUCCAGGCGGAAAAACGGCACCGGUUGAACAACCUGCACCAAACGGAGCACUUCCACGCGGCUGGGGCGGGUGCUGCGGUGGCCAAGAUGAACCACAUGAACCAUACUGCAGGGGGGGAAACUAUGGAAGCGUCAGGUUUGAAAUCGACAAAGUUGAAAUGAUUUGUCAUGCAUAAGAUGGAUACCAGUUGGAAACCCAAUUUCCAAGCGGCGCAUGACAAAUUUUCCGAGCACUGGAAUUCAAUUUGUCAUGCUGUUUGGGCACAGACGACCGCUUUUGUCAUGCUCCUUUAGCAGCUCUACUUCAAACCCUAAACAGGCUGACACUCGGCCUCACUUGCCAUCCCGGCAAGACAGACACUCCACGCCUUGCAUUUUAUGCAUGGCAAAUCAUUUCCGUGAGCGCAAUGAGUUGGUACGUUGGCGAACGUUAAACGUACUCUGUUGGCAAUAAGUUGGUUUGUUGGCGAAAAGUAAGGUUUGUUGGCGAACAAUAAACGCAUCCGUUGGCGCAAUGUAAGGAUCGUUGGCGAACGUUAAACGUACUCAGUGGGCGAAAAGUUGGACUUGUUGGCGAAAAGUAUGGUUUGUUGGCGCAAAGUAAGGAUCGUUGGCGAACGCUAAACGCAUGUUGGCGAAGUGAGGACUGUGUGCGAAAGUAAGGAAAAGUUGGCGUAAGUGGGAUCAUGUGCCCGAGGAUGAUGGUGAUGGCUUCGGUCCGCCUGACUCCACGACCUGGUGGCCGAACCAUCUGCGGUGAGGUGCCCUUGCAGGUUGUGUAGUGGUUUCGGUCGGUUUAGCAUGGCAAAUCAUUUCAACUUUGACGAUAUCAAACCUGACGCUUCCAUAGAAACCUCGUUCGGGGGCGCGACCGCCUCUUCUCGGCCGGGGACCGCCGGGGCGAGCGGCAAUGCAACCGCGAGUUCCGCGUCGAAGACGGCGGCUUUCCAGCAGCAGAGAGCGAAUUCCAGUUCCGCGACGGAGGAGGACGUCGACGGGGUGUCUACGAGAUCCGGCACCGUACACAUGGGCAAGACCGCGUCGACAUCGCUAGCGUCCUUGACGAACCUCCGGGACCAGAUUUCGAACUCGAAUCAGAACGCGCUCUCCACCUCUUUAAAGCACCAAAAUGUCGUUCUUGGAGGUACUGCUACUGCUGACGCGGCAAGCCGGCCCAAUACCGCCGGCGGGGCAGGAGGUUCUACACCGACAGGGUCGGGGGCUACGGGCACUACCGCGUUGCCAUUUACCACAAAUUUGGCGAGCUCUUCUUCGUCUUCCAUGAACCAAGCGGGCUCCAGGACUGGUACAGGCUUGGUGGAUAACGCCGCGAUGGACCACCAAAACAAAUCUUCCGGUAAUGGUGCCCAGCAAACCACCACCGCGCAACAAGCCACCGACAGCACGGGAUCCGUCCCGCCUCUCGGCUCCGGCGGACAGGGAGCGGGCGCACAGUCGAAGCAGACGCGGCAGUACGGUGAGCCGAUCACGCUGCGGGCCCCGACGGGCACGUCCGGGGGUGGGCCAGCACAGUUGGACACCGGAAUGGCGGCGCGGCCCACGACUGCACCCUCCGGUGCGACGAAACCCGGGAAACAGGCGGACGCGCAGGCCGCAGAGCAGCAGCAAAACCGGCAGCACGAAUCCUGGCACCAGGACGACGAGCAGGGGACUUUUGGGGGCGCGCUCGCGAACAUUAACACCUCUACGACGAUUCACGAUUACAUCAUCGGCAAGCAGAUCGGGCAGGGCGCGUACGCGACGGUCAGGCUGGCGGUGCACAAGCCGAGCGGCAAGAAGGUCGCCAUCAAAAUCUACGAGAAGAGUCGGCUGUUGGAUCCCCAGCGACGGAAGUCGGUCAGACGCGAGAUUCGAGUCAUGGACCGGUUGUCGCACCCCAACAUCGUGAAAUUUUACGAGGUCGCGGAUACCAGCAGACAGGUAGCUUAAGGUUUGUAUAUGCAAACCCAACAAGGACAAGCAGCUUUGCUCCUGUUGUAGUUGUUGAAAAAUUUCAAGUUUUCAUCUGGAUGAAAAGAAAAUUCAAUCGUGUCACAUUUUGAUUUGUUUCUACUCACUCCAUAAAAAUUAAUGCUAUAUAUAAUCAGGUUUUCCUGGUCCUCGAGUACAUUAAUGGUGGCUCCCUCCACUACCUGCUCAAAAAGCGCACCAACCGCCGGUUGUCGGAAAUCGACGCUCGCAUGAUUUUCUCCCAAGUCUGCGCCGGAAUCCGGUACUGCCACGAGCUAUGACAGCCUCAGAAUGGAAAUCCUCAAAGUGGAAAUGAUUUGUAAUGCAAAAAAGCGACUCCACUUGAAGUGGCGUUUGUAGUCGGCGCAUGACAAAUUUUCCGGUCACUUAGAGCAUCUCUGUCAUGCAGGUUGAGGCAAAGGGGUGCCCUCCUGUCGUGCUAAGCAGCACUCCAAUUCUUCACCCCUAGCAGGACAAUAGUCGGCCCCCAUUGCGUCCUCUGCAAUACAGUCUUUUUUGCGUCGCAUUUCAUGCAUCACAAAUCAUUUCCACUUUGAGGAUUUCCAUUCUGAGGCUUUCAUACGAGCGGUUGGUGGUGCACAGAGACAUCAAGCUCGAGAACGUCUUGGUACAGUACCCCGAUAAAGCCGUCGCGCACAAUAUUGUGAGGAAAAAUCCCCCCUCCCCAUAUCGAAAAGGUACGUCUCGAAAAAUUUGUAAUGCUGAUUUGUGACCACAAAUCGUCUCUGUCUUGCAAGAACGCAACCCCAUAGGCUGCGCCGCAUACUGCAGGCGGUUUGUGAUGCUGUGGGCCCUACAGAUUAGAUGUUUCCCAUGCUCAGCGCCUAGCCCAAAACCUCUCUACUCAAGCUUAGUAUAGGCCUGCAGUCCUCUCCAGCAAGACAAAGCUGAAUUGCGUAUCCAAAUCCAGCAACAGAAAUUUCCGUUUCAAUUAGACCAGAAAAUCGGAAGAAGUACAUGUUUUUUUGCGCAUCCCCUUGCAACGGGGGUCGCGGGCUGAAUGAGGUUGGGGGGUGCGAAGGCGCGACCGCGUUCCGGGUUGUUUUAUCCCGGAAAAAUUAGCCCCCGGCAUUGCGGCUGCGCGGCCGGGGCCGGGGCGGGUCGGCUUCCUUGGCGUAGAUAGGAAGGCGACGACACACAGCCAACACCUCGCCACCCGCCCCCACGCUGGGCCCACGUCGGGGACACACAACAGACGCGGCGCGCAUCCCGGGGCCCCAAAGCGAAGCCCUUCCGGGCCCGGAAAAGCUCCUGCUUUGGCUGCGGCCUGGCGCGCCUUUUCCCUUCGUUCCGGGGCCCCGGCCGGCGGGUGAACUGCAGGCCCCCCAAGAGGCACGCGCGCCUCCCCCUUUCGGAGGGGGGGGGAAAAGGGGGCCCGAAUUGGCCCAAUUCGCCUCCCUUUUUGAGGGGGGGGGUAAAAUGUGCCCGAUUCUGGCUCAUUUUGCCCCCCCCCUGUAGUAGCGGGGGAAGGCCAUUUUUUGCCCCCCCCCUAAAAAAGGCGGCAGAAUUGGGCCAAUUCGGCCCCCUUUUUACCCCCCCUCCAGAAGGGGGGGCCCGCGCGCCUUCCGGGCCCCCCUUCCCGGCCCCCCAAUUGUGGGGCGGCUGUUGUUGCGGCCGAAGCAGGCCCCACCUUAGGGGCGCGCGCCCUACUUACUGCUUCGAGGGCCGGCCCCUCCGGUACGGCGGGCAGGCCCAUGCGCUUCCGGCAAAAAACAUGGCGGCGGCGCACCGGCCCGACCGGGACGGGCCCGCGGGGAGGCCGCUUGGUGGGGCGGCUUUUCUCGCUCUUGGCGGGCUUCGAGGUCGGGAGGCCGCCCCGGCUCUCUUUGGCAAGCCACACCCCCCGAGCCGCUGCAUGGCGCAGCGAGGUCCUCGGGCCGGGUGUACUGUCGGGGCACCCCGCCGCCCCCGAAGCGAAACGAAAGCGGCCCGCCAUGCAAGCGGGUGCGCGAAAAAGUAUGUACUUCUUCCGAUUUUCUGGUCUAAUUCAAUAUGGGGAGGGGGGAUUUUUCAGUUUGAUACACAACCAAAACCUGGCCUUGACCAGCUCGGGGCAUUUGGACCCGCGGCAGUUAGUUGUCAAGCUGAUUGACUUCGGAUUCGCGAGCUUGGUUGUGCCGGGGAAAAAGCUGCGCGUCUUCUGCGGAACGCCCAGCUACAUGGCCCCGGAGAUCAUUCAGAGAAGGGAAUAUGGCGGGUAUGGAAUUCAUUUUGAACUGUUGUUUUUGUUAUCGCUUCUGACUCGGGAUGAAAGGCUGAUGAUACAUCAUGAUGAUAGUAGCUACAGGCACAAAAAACUGCGUGUUGAUGGUGCAAGUAGAAUGAUCGAAAAGCAAAAUAUAAUCUCUCCGGUGAUAAACUACAGUUACUGCGUGGACAUCUGGGCUUUGGGUAUUCUGCUGUACGCCAUGCUUUUCGGGCAGUUUCCAUUUCGUGGCCAAUCGGACAAGGAACUCUACAAGAAGAUCUUGAAGGUACAGAAUUUUUUUGUGAUGUUGCACGAAAGUAGGCAUGCCGCGUUUUCAUUUUCUCACUUUCCGCGAGGAGAUGCAUUGACAAGUUGGAAACUUCUCGAAUCAACCAACAAUAAAUCAGGGCGCCUUCGUGUUCCCAGAGGGCCUCGAGCAGGAAGUUAGCAAGAACGCCCGUGCCCUGCUCGCCAAGGUUUUCGUCAACAUGGAGGUCCGCCCCACCAUUCAGAACGUGUCCAUGGAUCCCUUCUUCUCGGAGCACCUGAGUAGUCGUCCGGGCACCGCGAAUCACCACCGCCCAAGCUCUUCGCACGCAACGCUGAGCGGACAACGAGACCUGAAUUUUCAGCACCAUCACGAAGCAACAACGAGACCCGCCACCUCAUCAGGGACCUCCUCUUCCGCGGGCGCAGGGGGAAACGUAAACAUCAACAUCCACAAAACCGCUUCGGGCUACCCGUUGCGCGAAGAAGCCAUUGCAAAGUUGGAAAAACUCGGGUACGCACGCGAAGACAUCUUGCGGCAAAUGAAGGACGAAAACUAUCAAAUGCAAAUAUGUCUGGGUCUGCGUCUGGAAGAGUCAUGCUGCGUUUGCAUGACACAGAAGGUCUGGCAUGGAAGCUCUAGCAUCACAGGUUGCGAGAAGCUGCUUCCGCAAUGCCGAAUCCGCAUGACAAAUGCCCCAUUUUGGUGACAGAAAGUGGGCAGCUUUUGCUGCCUAUGCAUGAGAGACUUUUGCGUGUUGUGAAAUGCGCAUCACAAGUUUGCAAUCUUCCAGACCCAGACAUUUUUGCAAUCCAUAAAAACUCACACCUCUCAAAACUCUACACCCGGUUUGUCAAAGCACUGAACGCGUGGGGGAAGUAGAUAUUGUGGUGCUGUGAGGUUUCUAUCCAUGUACCUACAUUUUUCAGAUCGUCUAUUCGUGCUGCUGUACUAUUUUCCUUGUUUUUUAUCCUUAACUUUAGCAUAACUCGCAUAUAGAUAUACGAAACAAUAACAAAUCUUAAAACUUUUAUCGAAACAAUAACUGCAAUGCAAAUUUUAUGUUUUCCUUAAACUCCAAAAUCGUUGUUACUUGAGUGUGUCCCGCGGGAGCUGGGUUGUUGAUUCGCUAAAUGUUGUUUCUUUACUUUAACAUUUUUCUUUACAACUGUAACUUAAAUGUUGGUAAAAUUUUCGCUUUCUAUGGUGCGCUUUCUAUUUGGGUCUAGUUGUCUUUCUCAACCUUGUAUCUAAUCGCAUUGAGCUUGUAUUUGUAUUCGGAAACUACAAAUUUCACUAGGGUGCUCUCGCUUUCUUUGCCGGACUUUUAUGACUACACAGCAACAGUAAGAACUUUAUCAAUUUCGAAUGUUAGCAGAACCAGAACCGUAUACUACGUAUUCGACGUACGUAUUCAACUCAGAUUUUUAGCAGAUCGAUUUCAACUUUAUUGUUUGGACUUUAACAACUUUUGCAUUUUCAAUUUUAUCAUUCACUUUUGCCUGUAACCGUUUCGAACUAACUUGUAUGAUGUAAACUUUUCGCAAAUUAUGAACUAGGUUUGAAAAGCACGUAAUCGCGUUUCGUUCUUGUUUCAACAACUGUACCAUAUUUCUGGUUUCGAAUUUGUCUGUCUACAUGUACACCUCAACAGUUCUACUAGAUUCUCUCAACUACAAAUAGGGUAAAAUUUCGUUUUUCGCACGACCACGAGAAUACAGCCGGACUGCAUCAAGUAGGACAUGGCUCGCUUGCUCAACAACGACAACGAGGAGGCGCGUUGAGAGGACGUUGAAUCUGCAGCUGUAAUACAACUCGCAUUCUAGUUAUCAACCGCUCAGAGGCUGGCUGUCCGCCAACUCUGUUCGGCAUAUCUAGCGACCCUGAAAAAUAAAUUUCUUGCCUGGUGGACGAGGUUACUGGACG